UCCUUUUGCCAUGGAAGCCGAAGAAACGAUGGAAUGUGUCCAGGAAUUCCCUGAACACUAUAAAGUUAUUUUGGAUAGACUGAAUGAACAACGUGAGCAGGACCAGUUUACGGAUAUCACUCUGAUUGUCGAUGGUCACCAUUUCAAAGCUCAUAAGGCUGUUCUUGCUGCCUGUAGCCAGUUCUUCUACAAAUUCUUCCAAGAUUUCACUCAGGAGCCCUUGGUGGAGAUUGAAGGUGUAAGUAACAUGGCAUUUCGUCACCUAAUUGAGUUCACCUAUACAGCAAAGCUAAUGGUCCAAGGUGAGGAAGAAGCAAAUGAUGUUUGGAAAGCAGCUGAGUAUCUACAGAUGUUAGAAGCAAUCAAAGCACUUGAAAUCAGGAACAAAGAAAAUUCAUCACCCUUAGAAUCAAAUCAAGCACAAGGUAAAAAUAAACCAAAAAAGAGGAAGAUAGCUGAAACCUCUAAUGUUAUCACAGAAACACUGCCGUCUGCAGAAUCGGAGCCUGUUGAAAUUGAGGUUGAGAUUGCUGAAGGGACAAUUGAAGUGGAAGAUGACAGCAUUGAAACACUUGAAGAAGUGGCUUCUGCAGAGCAAUCCAUAAAGUACAUUCAGACAACAGGUACAUCAGAUGAAUCUGCUUUGGCUCUUUUGGCAGAUAUCACCAGCAAGUAUCGUCAGGGAGAGAGAAAAUGCCAGAUCCAAGAAGAAGGUGAUAGUGCAACUGAUCCCUCGUGCAAACAGGUAGAAGGUAUUGAAAUUGUGGAACUUCAGCUGUCACACGUGAACAAUUUAUUCCACUGUGAGAAAUGUAACCGUUCGUUUAAAUUGUUUUACCAUUUUAAGGAACACAUGAAAACACACUCUACUGAGAGUUACAAGUGUGACAUAUGCAAUAAAAGGUACCUACGAGAGAGUGCUUUGAAACAGCACCUCACCUGUUACCACCUUGAUGAAGGUGGUGCCAGCAAGAAGCAAAGACCUGGCAAAAAAAUACAUAUAUGCCAGUACUGUGAUAAGCAGUUUGACCACUUUGGACAUUUUAAAGAGCAUCUCCGGAAGCACACAGGUGAAAAACCAUUUGAAUGUCCAAACUGCCAUGAACGUUUUGCUAGGAAUAGCACGCUCAAAUGUCACCUGACAGCCUGCCAGUCUGGAGCUGGAGCUAAAAAGGGAAGAAAGAAACUGUACGAAUGUCAGGUUUGUAACAGCGUGUUUAACAGCUGGGAUCAAUUCAAAGAUCACUUGGUAAUACACACCGGUGACAAGCCCAACCACUGUACCUUAUGUGAUUUGUGGUUUAUGCAAGGCAGUGAGCUGAGAAGACAUCUCAAAGAAAUGCACAAUAUUUCAGAACGAAUAGUAACAGAAGAGGUUCUUCCAGUGGAAGCUGUGGAAGCUGAACCAGUAACAUCAAUGACUAUAAUAGAACAAGUGGAGCAAGUCCAUGUCCUACCAGUAAUUCAGGUACAAGUGGAUCCUGCACAGGUAACUGUGGAACAGAUGCACCAGGAUCUCAUACAGGACAAUCAAGUGAAAGGCACACAGAUAGAUGAACUGCAGGAACAGGUGCAAAUUAGUUACUUGGAAGUUGAACACAUUCAGACUGAACAAGGUGCUGAAGUUCAUGUGGAGCAGUUACAUGUUGAGCACGUAAAUCAAAUACAGAUGGAAGAAGUACAGGCAGAACUUAUAGAUGGAACAGACCUUGAACAAGUAGAAUAUGAAAGUGUUGAUCAAGGAGAAGCAGAAGAAAAGGAACCUAAUCAAGUAGAUGAUGCAGAUAAGGAAGAUCAUGAACAAGCUGAAGACUUAAAAAAUCAACAGUUAGUGGACACGCAGAAUGAAAAGGUGGAUGACUAGGACAAAUCACCACACUGUGCAGGUUUAGGAAUGAAAUACCAAAUUAUUUUUGUUAACUUUUACAUUGGUUUUGGAACUGUCAGUGGUUUCCAAUAUGCUGUCCUUAGGAAGCUGGGCAAGUGGACCAAAAUUAGCUUUCUUCAUGUACGACUAAACUUCUCUCGUGUGAAAAAUAACUUUCCCAUUCAUGUAGUACCAUGAAACAGAAACAACCACAGACAUGGACAGCUUUGUGAGGAUUUUAAUAAUGAAUAGCUUGUAUCGUUGUUACACCAUCCCUGGUUAUAUGUAAGAGUAACUUCACCUCUUUUCCUCUUGCAAUAGAAGCAAACUCUUGUUACAGAUUUGCAGGGUGUCUGUGGCAGAAGAAUCAGUAAAAUCUGGUGGGUUCUAAUGUAAGUGGCAAUUGGGUACCUGUGAAUUUUCGGAUCAGACUGUUUGCUGUAUCCUAACAGCGGUCCCUAACUUUCAGGCUGGGGAAAAACUAUUGUUGCUGGAGGUCUCUGAGCACAAAAAUCCUGUGCCUUUUCAACACUGACUGGUUAAAUUUCCACAAAGUUCCUAGAGUGUUCAAGAACCUAGUUCAGUAAAAGGCAAUGUAGGUAAUGUUAUAGCGCUUUAUAUUUUUGCUUAAAAUUGUCAGCUACUGGUUUGUUUUUUUUUUUUUGUAUUAAAUUUAGAGGCGGGGGGCUGAGGGAGAAAACAGAUUCCACAUGGAGACAGCAGGACACUCUAAAAGGGACACUUUAAAAUAGGAAAAGCGCAGUAGAAUCUGUGGUAAAAAUGAGCUGGAAGAAAGCUACCAGCAGACUCUUCUUUUAUAAAUAGUCAUUUUUGAAAAUGAAUAUGUUUAAACGUAAAUAUAGAGGAGACUUGUCUAUAUGGUAUCAGGUUCCUGUUUUUUUGAAACGAAAUUCUGACACUUGACACAAAGAUGUGCUAAACAGAAAAAUAAAAGCCAUAGGUAUGAGUGCUAAACUGUGGAUUGAAAAGUAGGAGUGUAAAUAAUUUAAUCAAUAUUAGACAAUAAAACAAUACCAACCAUGAAAUGUUGCAUUAUUUGUUUCAUCCAAUAAAUUAGGAACAACUGAGUGACUGGCAAUUACAGUGCCAGCUCCCAGUGGUAAGAAUCCAUCUCAUUUUUAAUAAAAUUAAUAGGUCUUUACUGUAAAGUUAGAUUUGUUUAGAAAAUAAUUGUCUAGCUCUAUGUUCAAGGAUGCUAAGGACUUCUAAUUCUCAAUUAUUGCCUUGAGAUUAGAGGUGCUCCACACUUCUGAAAAACAUUCUUUUCAAAGCCUUAACUGAAGGGAGGAAUUUUUGCAAGGACGUUCCCUAAUGCUUUUGGUAAUCCUGUAGAUCUUAGUUAAAAUCAGGCUUUUUAUUCAGCCUUCUCCAAAUGCAGAAUUAUUUCCUGGGAUUUGUGCUUUUGUUUAGUCUCGUUCGAAAUUAUUC